AUGGCGACCUCCUUCACAAGAAUGAUGUCCGGCCGUAACACGGCCGUGCUGUUGGCCAGCCUGGGAGCAGGCACCAUGGCAACCGGCUACCUGAUGACCGACAGCAACAUCCUGUCCGCUGAGGAGAGGAGGAAGCUCUAUCCACCCAGCGCUGACUAUCCUGACCUGAGGAGGCACAAUAACUGCAUGGCGCACGCCCUGACCCCUGCUAUCUACGGCAAGCUGAGAGACAAGGUGACCCCUAACAACUGGAGCCUGGACCAGUGCAUCCAGACCGGAGUGGACAACCCUGGCCACCCCUUCAUCAAGACUGUCGGCAUGGUGGCUGGGGACGAGGAGAGCUACGAGGUGUUUGCUGAUAUCUUUGACCCCGUCAUCAAAGACCGACACAAUGGCUACGACCCCAAAACAAUGAAACACCCCACUGAUCUGGACGCGUUCAAGAUCACCAACGGUAUGUUUGAUGAGAAAUACGUUCUGUCGUCUCGCGUGCGUACAGGCCGUAGUAUCCGCGGUCUGAGCCUGCCCCCGUGCUGCUCCCGCUCGGAGCGCCGUGAGGUAGAGCGUGUGACUGUCCAGGCCCUGGCCGGCCUGAAGGGUGAUCUGGCCGGACGUUACUACAGCCUGGGAGACAUGACGGAGAAGGAGCAGCAGCAGCUUAUUGAUGAGCAUUUCCUGUUCGACAAGCCCGUCUCUCCUCUGCUGACCUCUGCCUUCAUGGCCCGUGACUGGCCUGAUGCCAGGGGCAUCUGGCACAACAAUGAGAAGACCUUCUUGAUCUGGGUCAAUGAGGAGGACCACACCAGGGUCAUCUCCAUGGAGAAGGGAGGAAACAUGAAGAGAGUGUUCGAGAGGUUCUGCAGAGGACUCCAACAGGUGGAGAAGCUGAUCCAGGAGAGAGGCUGGGAGUUCAUGUGGAACGAGCGCCUGGGAUACAUCCUGACCUGCCCCUCUAACCUGGGUACUGGACUCAGGGCUGGAGUGCACAUCAGACUGCCCAACCUCAGCAAGGACCCUCGCUUUGGUAAGAUCCUGGACAACAUGCGUCUGCAGAAGAGAGGGACAGGCGGAGUUGACUCAGCCACAACUGGAGACACCUUUGAUAUCUCCAACAACGACCGUCUGGGAAAAUCUGAGGUGGAGCUGGUCCAGUUGCUGGUUGAUGGAGUCAACUAUCUGAUUGACUGUGAGAAGAAGCUGGAAAGGGGCCAGGACAUCAAGGUCCCCUCCCCCAUCACCCAGUUCAGAAAGUGA